AACAACCUGGAUAUUUUAAACUGUGGUAUUAACAUUGUUUUGAACUCUUACAUGGUAAUUUCCCACCAGCAGCACUAAAAGAAGGCAGCGUUUAUUGACUCUUCAUGGUAGCUAUAUCCAGAAAUAACUCAAUUUGUUACUGUUGUUAUUUAACAGAUAAGAGAACUAAGGUUUAGAGAAGCUAAACAAUUUGUUUGAGGUUCACACUCCUGAGAGACAUGUGGUACAUCUCUUUAGGCAGCUCACUGUCCCACUCUGAGAACUUCUGAAGACUUUUAAAUAUUCUCCUGUCCCACAGAUCUCUAACCUCCCUCUUUUUUCCCCAUUCUCAGCUCAUGACCUUGGCUUUUCAAAGAGAAAUCAAAGUCAUCCAGCUAAGAACUGCUCAGCUUUCCAACACCAAAAGUUCUAACUUACCUGUGUGUGCACUCAUCCUUUUCUUCCUUCUUGCCUUUAGAAAGAGAAAUAUAUGCAUCCAUCCAUCAAAAAGGCUGUGCCUCCACCUCUUCUUUGUAUCCCAACCCUUCCUGCCUUUCAGGAACCUUACACUUGUCUCUCUAGUAUCUUCAGCCUCUUUAUAGUAUCCUUCGUAUAAUCAUUUAAAAUGUUCUAGUCUAUACCAAUUUAAAAUACACAUCCUUGGUCCUACAUCUUCCUGUACUUACCAUCUCUUGCCUCCCACCCACACUCACCCUUUCCACCUUUUCACUCAACUUCACUCCAUCCUGACAUCCACCCACAAUAUUCAGUCAUGACCACCAUAACGCAGGGUCACAUUUUGGAUCUAUCCCCAAUUAGGUUUGACACCCUUUCUGGAUCUGGACAUACUUUGAUUCUUUUAACUAUAGUGGGAAAGAAAUUUUAGGAAUUUACAUACAUUGCUCAUACUUCAUAAGUGCAAACAUGCAGCUCUCUUAAAGAAGGCAGUGACUUUUUGACAUCUCUUGAUCUGGGAGAGCAAUCACAAAUUUAUUAAUAUUCACUACCUCCACAGCAGCUAAGGUAGUGACAUGGUUGGAAUAAGAGAAAUUCUGCCUUCAAACAGUGACCAGAACCCUCCCUGUUGCUAAAUUCAGGGAAAAGUUUCAGUUCUUCUCUCCCUUGACCUAGAGCAGCAUCCAGUGAAGUUGGCCAUUCUCUUCUCUUGGCUUCUGUGACCAAUCUUGGCUUUCCUCCUGCUCUCCUGACUGCUCGCUUUUUGUAUUCUUUCCUGCCUCCACCCUCUCCACCUGACCUUUACAUAUUAAAUUUCUCAGGUCUCCAUCCUGGGUUCUCAAUUAUCUAUUCUCUCCCGUGGUGAUUUCAGCCACUCCCCUGGCUUCGUUUACCCUAAGCCUGCCGGAAUGUAUACAUCUAACCCAAGCUGCCAUUUUUAGCUAAGACCUAUAUAUCUAAGGCACAUCUGACAUCUCUACUUGGUUCUCUCACAGGUACAACUGAACUCUUAAUCUUGCCCUGAUCCCCCAUAGCUCCUGACAGAAAUUGAGGUGUCACCUGGAUGACCAUCUUCUUUUUAAACUCUGCCACUAUUCGAUCUGUUCCCAGUAGGCCAUCUCAUUAUUUCUCAAAGCCAUCCACAGCCCUCGCAUCACCACUACCACCACUCAAACCUGCACCUGCCCUCUACUGCCAUGUAGUGUAAACUCUUAGAAUAAAGUUCAAAAUCUUUAACUCAGCAGCCUGCAUAGUCUGGCCCUCACCUACCUCCUCAUCCUAUUUUUGUGCCCACAUCUCUAGUUCUCUAUGGAGUUUUGUUCAGUUUCUCAAAAAUUUCAACUUUCUCCUCAGCUCAGUUCUUCAUCACCUGUUGUUCCCUAUGCCUGGAAAGCUCCUUCUCCAACUCUGCUUGGAUAGCUCUUGCUCAUCUAUCAGGCUCAGCUUAAAAGAUCACUUCCUCAGGGCAGCCUUUCCCAUGAAGGUUAGCUUUCAUUCAUGUACUGUCAUUACAUCUUACAUUAUGGUACUGUUUAAAUGCAGCUGUAUGAUUAUCUGCGUAACUGUAAGCUCCUUGGGGUUUUACAGCUGCCCUUUUCCAGCGUCCCCCAGCGCCUGGCUUAUAACAAGCGUUCCAUAAAUGUUUGUUGAGUAACAGAAUGAUGAUGGAGGUGGGAUUCUAACUCAGGACUACCUCAGAGCCUGAGGCCCUCGCCUCCGCCGCUCUGUUUCUGUGCUUUCUCGUAGACAAAUAGUGAAUGUAGGAAAUGACAGAGAUGCACGGUUCGCAGAGCCCCAGUCCGGACUGAGUUCUAAAGGGGAGGGGUGGGGGUGGAGUGGGGCAUCUGCCUUGGAGGAAUCUAAGCCGCGGCGAGCAUCCCUGGCACCGGCAGGAGGCCCCGCCCUCGGAAGCACAGGAGCUCCCCCUCACGGCGCGACCCUGCCGUCCCAGGCCCCGGGUACCAACGGCUUCGGCCCGCGCCGGGGCGGCGGGACUUCAGCAAAGGCCCGGGCUCCCAGUAGAGCCUGGAGGCCGCGUGGGGCUAGCAGGUCUCCCCAGGCCCUCGGCUUAGGAGAGCCCCUCCCAGCCCUCCCUGCAGCGGCUACCCUCGGCCUCGCCCACGCGGGGCUCCUGACGUUGGCUUCGGGCCCAACGAGAGACCGGUCAUUCAAAACAACCACUGUCCUCGGCCCCCGGAAUACUCCAAGGACCAGCGUGGACGCAGCUCCCCUCUCCUGGACAAGCAAACCAUAAUCUCAAGAGUUGGUUUCUUCCCUUUUCUUGUCCCUUCCCUUUUCCUGUGUCCAGUGGGCAUAGGUCUUGAACUUGAGGAUGGACAGACCUGGGAUGGUUCUGAUUCUGAAGGUGUGAAACCUCAGGCCUAUCCUGUAACCUUCCUAGUCUCGUUUCUGCGUCUAUAAAGUGGGGCUCCCAGCGCCUAUCUCACUGAGCAGCAUCUAACUUUUUCAGAAACGGAAAUUCUCUGGCUCCACUCCAACCAACUGGAUUGGAAACUCUAGGGUAGGAUCCAGCAAUCUGUCAUAACAAGCCACAGGUGAUUUCAACACAGGUUAGAUUUUGAGAACCACUCUACAGAGGGGCCAAUUAAAUGAAAUAAAUAUUGUGUAUAAAGAACUGGGCAAAUAGUAGAUGCUCAAUAAAUAGUGGUUAUGGAAAACCACACAAAAAAAGGAAAAGCCCAAGCAUAGAUAAAAGAACAGAUUGGUGAUUGCCAGAGGCAGGGGGUGAGGUGGGCAAAAUGGGUGAAGGGGGUCAAAAGGUACAAACUUAAGUUAUAAAAUAAGUAAGUCUUGGGGAUAUGAUGUAUAGCAUGGCAACUAUAGUUGAUAAUAAAAUCUUGAAAGUUCUCAUCACAAGAAAAAAAAUUCUGUAACUAUGUAUGGUGAUGAUGUUAACUACAUUUAUUAUGGUGAUCGUUUCAAAAUAUAUACAUAUAUCAAAUUAUUAUGUUGUACCCCUGAAACAAAUAUAGUGUAUGUCAUUUAAAAAGUUUUUUUAAUUGAAAAAAAUUUUUUUAAUUUUUAAUUGAAAAAGAAUUUUUAAUUGAAAAAAUAUAGUGGUUGACCAUGGAACAAUUAACGUGAUAAAGAUGAAAGGUACAGAUUUAUUUCUUGAGAAAUUCAGCUUCAUUACUCUGGUAAAUUUUAUUGCUUUUCCUUUUUAUUCAUUGCAGAAACUUCAAAAAGGACACACUAGAAUUAAUUAGAAAUGUUAAGAUUGCCCAAAAAAGGAGCACCUAGAUUUGAUCAAAUUCAAGAUGAAGAAACUUACCUGGAGAAUUUAGCAGUACAGAGAAAUGCUUCUGCUUUUUUUGAAAAAUAUGAUCGGAGUGAAGUACAAGAGUUGCUGACUACUGCACUAGUUAGCUGGUUGUCUGCCAAAGAAGAUGUCCACUCUCAAGUAGACAUCCCGUGUGGAAUUAUGAGUCAAAUAAAUAAUGUAGCCUUCUCCACUGCAAUCCUACUGACUCCUGUAGACCCUACUGCCCUCUUAGACUAUAGAGAAGUCCAUCAAAUCAUAAGGGAAUUGGCUGUUGGAAUUUAUUGCUUAAAUCAAAUUCCUUCAAUCAGUUUAGAAGCUAAUUAUGAUCAGAGUUCUUCUUGUCAAUUACCUCCAGCUUAUUAUGAUACCAGAAUUGGGCAAAUUCUGAUCAAUAUUGACUACAUGUUGAAAGCACUAUGGCAUGGAAUAUAUAUGCCCAAAGAAAAACGAGCUAGAUUCUCUGAAUUGUGGCGUACCAUCGUGGACAUUGAUCCAGAUGGGAAGCCUCAAACAAAUAGAGAUAUUUUUGCAGAGUUUAGUUCAGCAGGUUUGAUAGAUAUUACAAAGGAUCCAGAUUUUGAUGGCAUCUAUGAUGAAGACAUGAAUGAAGAUCCAACAUAUAAUCCCAAUAGCCCUGAAGAAAAAGCUGUGUUUAUGAAAUAUGCUGAAAAUAUUCUACUAAAGUUGACAUUCAGUACCACACAAGUUCAACAGUGUGAAAAUGUUUUUAUAUUUGAAACAGCCUAUUGGCUUACUAAUGCUGUAAGAUAUAAUCAGGAUUAUCUUGACAUUUGUACCUACCAGAGAUUACAGCAAAGGUUAUAUCUUCAAAAAAAGAUUAUUCAAAAACACUUUGAGAAGAAAAAAGAAAUCAGGAAAGGGAUAGGAUACCUAAAAUUAAUAUGUUUUCUGAUUCCAUUUCUACUGAGUUUAAAAAAGAAGAUGAAAGUUCCAUAUUUAAGUAGUCUGCUUCAGCCUUUUUCAGACGACAAGGUCAAGACAGAGCGAGAAUUGCCUCCAUUCAUUUAUGGACGAGAUUUUAAAUGCCAGAAUUUUCACUACAAAGAGGAUCAAUAUUUUCAUGUUCAUGGAGGAAUUGAAUUUGAUAUCAGCACUCCUUCAAUUGAGAAUGCUUUGGAAGAUUUUAAGAACAAUUUAGAAAAAAUACGGGAUUGUGCUGCUAAUACGUUUGCAGAAGAUUCAGGAUACAAAGAAUAUUACUCAAUACCAAUCAUGAAAUUAAAUGGAAAAAGCUACUAUGUGAUCAGUUUUGAACUUGAAACUUUCUAUCAGCAACUAUAUAAGACACAGUGGUGGGGAGCCAUAAAUGAAAUAGUGAACAAUCUGAGACUGAAAAGACUUCCGCUGACAGAUGCUCAAUUACAUGAACAAUUUAAGAAAAAAUUUGGUUUCACAAAAGCUAUGAAAUGCAAGAGUAUCCCAUUUGGUAUGAAGUCUGCUGCUGAAAGAGGAUUAUCUGCUGUUUUCCAUACAUUUAGCCGUAAAACUUCAAGUUCGACGAUCAAUGUUUCAGAUGAGGCAGGUUAUGCUAUUUUCCAUCAAGCUGCUCUACACAACAGAGUUCCAAUCAUAUGUCAACUGUGCAAUGCCAACUUCAAUGUUAACCAGAGACGCUUUAUUAUACUUAGCCAAGAGUCAUCAAAACUAGACAUGAAAAACGAAAGAAAUGGUCCAACACCUCUACACCUGGCAGCACAGGCUUGCUCAUUGGAAACAACCACCUGUCUACUUUAUUUCAAAGCUGAUUACACACUUUCUGAAAAAAGAGGCUGGAUGCCAAUUCACUUUGCUGCUUUCUAUGACAAUAUCUGCAUCAUAAUUGUUCUCUGUAGGAAGGAUCCUAGUUUACUAGAAGCUGAGGCAACAGCUGAGAAUCAGUGUACUCCACUGUUACUUGCUGCCACUUCGGGAGCACUGGACACUAUUCAGUACCUACUUUCUGUUGGAGCUAACUGGAGAAAAACAGAUAUUAAAGGAAAUAAUAUAAUUCAUUUAGCAGUGCUAACCUUUCACACGGAAGUUCUCAAGCAUGUAAUAGAGUUAAAUAUUCCUGAACUCCCAGUUUGGAAAACUUUAGUAGAAAUGUUGCAGUGUGAAAGCUAUAAACGAAGGAUGAUGGCUGUCAUGUCUUUAGAAGUAAUCUGCUUAGCAAAUGAUGAAUACUGGAAAUGUAUUUUGGAUGCAGGCACCAUUCCUGCCUUAAUCAAUCUAUUAAAAGGUUCCAAAAUAAAAUUACAGUGCAAAACAGUUGGGUUAUUGAGUAAUAUCUCAACCCAUGCAAAGAUAGUGCAUGCUCUAGUAGAAGCAGGAGCUAUUCCAGCUUUGAUCGACCUACUGGUUUCUGAUGAACCCGAACUACACUCUCGGUGUGCUGUUAUUCUAUAUGAUAUUGCUCAACUUGAAAACAAGGAUGUUAUUGCCAAAUAUAAUGGGAUUCCAGCUCUGAUAAAUCUUUUGAACUUAGACAUAGAAAGCGUGCUAGUAAAUGUAAUGAACUGUCUACGGGUAUUAUGUAUGGGAAACAAAAACAAUCAAAGAGCAGUGAGAGACCAUAAAGGCAUCCCGUAUCUUAUCACAUUUCUGAGUUCUGAGUCAGAUGUGUUGACAGCUGUAUCUUCUGUUACAAUUGCUGAGAUUGCACGUGACAAUAAGGAAGUUCAGGAUGCUAUGGCUAUGGAAGGAGCCAUUCCUCCUCUGGUGGCUCUUUUUGUGGGAAAACAACUUGGUGUUCAAGUGAAGGGUGCAAUGGCUGUGGAAGCACUGGCAAGUUACAACCCUGCUAUACAGAGAGCAUUUCUGGAAAAAUCACUAAGUAAAUAUCUUUUAAAACUCCUCAAGGCAUUUCAAAUAGAUGUUAAGGAACAAGGAGCUGUAACACUUUGGGCCUUGGCAGGACAAACACUAAAACAACGAAAGUAUAUGGCAGAACAGAUUGGAUACAACUUUAUAAUAAAUAUGCUUUUAUCACCAUCAGCUAAAAUGCAGUAUGUUGGAGGUGAAGCAGUCAUAGCGCUAAGUAAGGACAGCAGGAUACACCAAAAUCAAAUAUGUGAAGGGAAUGGAAUUGCACCACUGGUUCGCUUACUAAAGAUUAGUAAAAUAGCUGAAGGAACACUUCUGAGUGUCAUCAAAGCAGUGGGAUCCAUCUGUAUCGGUGUCGCCCAUACAAGCAAUCCCAUUAGUCAACAGUUUCUUGUAGAAGAAAAGGCCUUUCCAGUACUUAUCCAACUACUGAGAAAUCACCCUUCUCCUAACAUUAAGGUUGAAGUGGCAUUUUCCUUGGCAUGCAUUGUCCUAAGGAAUGAUCAGUUACAGAAUGAAUUACAAGAAAAUGAAGGAUUUAAUUAUGCUGAUGUCCUUUAUCUUCUUCACUCACAAGAUAAGGAUAUUUGUUUAAGAGCAGGCUAUGCGUUAACCCUUUUUGCCUUCAAUAGUCGCUUUCAACAAUACUUAAUAUUGGAAAGUGGAAUAAUAACCAUAUCAACUUUUGAACCUUUUCUUGAAUCAACAUUUGAAACUGAGAAGGCAAUGGCAGCUUUUCAGAUUAUUAUAUUAGCUAAAGUCAUUAUAGAUGUGGACCACAUUACUUUGACUGCAAGAGGUGUUACUAUUUUAGUUGAUAGUCUGUAUUCAGUUCAUUCCACUACUAUUGCCUUGACAGGGAAUUUAAUAGCUACCCUGGCUCAUUCUAGAGGUGGUAUUCCAGAAGCAUUUACCACAUUAGGGACAAUCCAACGGCUCUGCUAUCAUUUGUACUCAAGGCAAGAAGAGGUUCGCAUGGCUUGCUCCAGUGCUCUUGGCUACUUAACUUACAAUGCAAAUGCUUUCCGAAUCUUAUUAAAGGAAUGCAGGAAUAAGCCUAAUCAGUUCCUUCGUAUAACAAAGAAUAUCAGCAGAGAUGCAAGUAUAAACCCAGCAUUUUUAAAGGAAUUUCAAAUGCAACAAAGAGUGGGACUUCCUUCCUUAAGUCUGGAGAAAAAUGGAGGACCAUCCAUAAUUCCUGUCUUUAAAAGAGGGAAAGAGCACCGAAGAAAAUUAAAACCCAAAAUUCAACCAAGAGAUUCUUUGACUUUUAUACCUCCUGUAACUAACUUCAUGGGACUCUUCAAAACAAAAAAGACCACUGUUUCUCACAGUAUUUUUUCCUUUUCAUCUGCAAUUUCAUCAGAUAUCACAACUGUAUCAAGACCAAGAAUAGUGCUUUUGAGCCAACUUGGGAAACAUGUACAGAAAGCUAAUCCGGAGCCUGCAGAAGGCUAAUUAAAAACAUUUUAGUGUAAAAGGAUUCCUGAGCAAUCUUUUAAAAUUUUUUAUUUUUAAUUGUGGUAAAAUAUACAUAACUGAGUAAUCUUUUUGAAUGGAAGUUCUUGAUAUUGAUACUUAACAAAUUUUCCUUAGCAUGUCUACUGGAAUUUAACAUCAGGUCAGAAAUAUGGUUUCAAAAAAUAAGUAGAAGUUUCUCUAAUAG